GUUGAUACACCAGUCUUGAAAAGUUGAAAAAUAUGUUGAAAUAAUAAUAGUAAUAUUAUUCCUUAUCGCAUUGGUUUGUUUCAUUAAUCAUUACAAUUUACACCGACCUUGAACGGAAAUCGGGAUUCCGAACAAAUUUUCAUUUCAAGCUUCAACCGUGUACUGCACUCAAAAUGAACAGUGAAACUGCAAAUUGUGGAAUUAUUGAAAUAAAUUAAUAUAAUAACGAAAUAAAAUUGGUUGCAAUGAUUAAUCAGACGUUUGCGAGGGGCAUUGCAACGAAAUUAAAGUUACCUGUCAUUCAUGUUUACUAUAAAACCCUAUCAACUAUAAGCAGGAAUACAUCGUUAUGUAUUUACCAACCGAUAUUGACUAAUACAAAUCUAGCACGAUGUUGUUCAGUGAACAGCAAGGCCCUCAUUACCGAACAGAUCAAACCUGUGGAACAGCCAAAGAACAUGGUCAUCAGCACGAUUAAACCAUAUUUAGAACUUAUGCGAUUCUCUAGACCUACUGGAUGGUUGCUUUUAUAUUGGCCAUGCACUUGGAGUAUUGCUUUAGCUUCAACUGCAGGCGAACUUCCCAACUUUGAAAUGCUCGGUUUGUUUGGUCUGGGAGCAGUCAUGAUGCGAGGGGCUGGUUGUACAAUAAAUGAUAUGUGGGACAAAGAUAUUGAUAAAAAAGUUGAAAGAACAAAAAAUCGACCUCUUGUGGUUAAAUCGUUAAGCAUGUUUGAUGCAUGGGUGUUCCUUGCUGGUCAGUUGGGUCUCAGUCUUAUCGUUUUGUUGCAGUUAAAUUUGUAUACUAUUGUGGUUGGCGCUAGUUCAUUAGUAUUAGUUACAUUAUAUCCACUUAUGAAACGGAUAACAUAUUGGCCACAAUUUGUAUUGGGCCUAACUUUUAACUGGGGUGCUUUAUUAGGCUGGGCUGCUAUUCACUCUUCAAUUGACUUCACCGCCUGCCUUCCUUUGUAUGCAGCUGGUGUUGCGUGGACACUUUUCUAUGAUACCAUUUAUGGUCUUCAAGACAGAAAAGAUGAUAACAAGCAUGAUAUUUACUCCACCGCAGUCUUGUUUGGUUCAAAAUCAAAAUUUUGGUUGACAUCUUUUGCGACCAUGUCAUUGAGUAGUUUAAUCACUUGUGGUGUUAAUACUGGACAAACAUGGCCCUAUUAUUUAGCAGUUGGUGCUGCAGGCGCUCAUAUGUUUAAUCAAGUACGCACGUUGGAUAUAUACAAUCCUGAAGACUGUGGGAAUAAAUUUGUGUCCAAUAACCAUAUUGGUUGGAUCAUGUUUUUGGGAAUAGCAUUAAGUACUUUAUUACAAACAUCUGAUGAAAGUGAAAACGAAAAUAUGAAUUUAAUACCUAACUAAUAAAGUGGUAUGGUUAUACAUUUUUUUGUUACCAAAAUAUGACAAAAAUGAGUUGUUGUUAUUUUUAAGUUAUUUGGUUACAUAGGGGUUACUAUACUUGCUUUUACUAUUUAAUUUUCGUUGUAAAUCAUUGUUAAUGUUUUGUGUAUUUCAUUUAAGUUCCUAAAAAAUCAAAGGAAAAUAAAGAAACUAGUCACAAUUAAAAA